GUGCAAUCGCUUGGUACAUUUUCAGAGUCGCCAUGGCAUCGCCCGAUCGCGGCCUCCGCCUCUCGUACUUGCGCCACUUUAUCAACGAGCAUGGCGGCGAAGCCAAGUUUGUUGGCAAGACGACGGCCCAAGUCUGCUUUGAGUUUGUUGUGCCUUUGACCAAACCGUCGGAGCUCUCGCUCGUCGACCACGUCGCCAACGACCCGUCGACCGCCACCUACGUCGCGCCAGCCAACUGGUAUGUCAGCCACGCUUGGCAAUAUCUCUUCUUGGAGACUGUCGACAGCCUCGAGCGCUUCUUCGCCGCCCGUGGUCUUGCUGAUGACGCGGUCCUUUGGUUUUGCGUCUUCAACAACAACCAGCACCUCGCGCGCUCGUACCCGUUCGAGUACUGGUCGACGACGUUCAAGAACGGUCUCGCAGCCAUCGGCAACGUGGUCAUGAUCAUGCACCCGUGGAACGACCCGGUCGUGCUUCGUCGGAGCUGGUGCGUCUUUGAGGUCUACGUGGCCGUGACACUGGGCGCGCGCUUUGAGAUUGCACUUGCUCAAGAUCAAGAAGCCACGUUUCUCAACGACAUUGCCGAUAGUUAUGCGAUUUACGAGAUGCUGGCGACCAUCAAGAGCGAAGACUCGGAGGCGACCGUAGCCAGCGAUCGCGACGGCAUCUUUGCGUUGAUUCGCGCCGAGACGUCGUUCACUGCGGUCGACCGGCUCAUUUUCACGACCUUGAUCAACUGGAUCAAGGCGGCGUUGGAAGCUGCGAUCGGGUCCGCGGCGUCAUUGGUCGAGAAGGCCCGGCGCUGGUGCCAUCUUGGCCUUCCGCUUCCGCCUCGCCGCCGACUUGUUCUGUCAGUGCAAUGGCCCUGA